AUGGAGGGCCAACUGCAACGGAACUCGUCGAUUUCCGUGGUACUGUUGCUGUUGAACAGCAUUUUAGGCGUAGCUGGCGGUUUUCUGGUGCUCACCGGCGCUUUUUUAGACACCGGACGAGUCUGGCCCCUUGAGCCGUUGCUCAUCUUCAUGCCGGACGUCUUCCAGAAGAUGGGCGGCGACGAGGAGAUCUUCUCCUUUCUGCUGGGCCACUCUGAACACGGCAUAAUGACGUCGAUUUUGUCGAUCGGCGUCUUUCUCGUCGUCUUGUCGGUGUUCGGAGUCACGCUCAUCUGCUUUCCCGCCUUUCGACUCUUCCUGCUCUACACUCUGAUGGUGGGCAGUAUCGCAUUUGCCACGAGCGUUGUCAUCCUCUACUUCGUCAACGACAUGCACUCGGUGCAACGCAAGAUCGACCCGGUGGUGGUGGACAUGCUUCGUCUCUACUACGUUCUUCACAACCCACCAGAGCCCGGAGGUUCGGUUGACAUGGCGACGGCGACGGCGACGGCGACGGCGACGGCGACGGAGAUGAGUCAUUUGGUCGAGUUGACGGAGGAGGCCAGUUUGAUGGAACAGUUUCAACAACUGUGGGACCUGAUACAGACACGGUUGCAGUGUUGCGGAGUGACCAACUACACAGACUUCCAGUUGACCCGCGGCUUCGCCGACCAACCGGAUCUGGUACCGGCGUCGUGUUGCCGGCGGCCGGACGACGUGGAGUGUUGGGUGAGACCCACGAUGAGGGACAGUUUCGUCAAGACGGCGUGUAUCUCGAUCAUCAGGAGGCACAUAAAAGAAUCCUACAGCACUCUGCUGAAUGCGAUGGUGGCGGUCGAGGUAUUCUGUCUCGCCAUCUUCGUCUCGACCUGCAUCUACCUCAAAUGA